GGAAGCUUCUCGGUGACGCCGUAGCGUCGGACUUUUCCUUAUAAAUACCCUCCAUCGCAACGCAUACGCUUCUUCACUCUUUUCACAUACCCAUCCUUCUUUUCCUUUCACCCGAUCAGCUUCGCAACAAAGGUUUCAAUCAAUCCUCCCGAAUGGAUAAGCUGUUUCAUGGGAUGCUGCAUGCCUUCGACUGUGGUGACAAAGCGGGCCGCCGGCGCAAGGCGGGCAGGUCCAAGAAGGUCAAGGGGACCGUGGUGCUGAUGAAGAAGUACGUCUUGGACUUCAAUGACUUCAACGCGUCGGUCCUCGACGACAUCCACGAGCUGUUGGGUAAGAAGGUCUCUCUGCGGCUCGUGAGCGCCGUCCACGGUGAUCCUGAAAAAGGUUUGCGGGGGAAAUUGGGAAAGCCUGCAUAUCUGGAAGAAUGGAUCACUACCAUCACUCCCUUAACGGCAGGGGACUCGGCGUUCAAGGUCACUUUCGAUUGGGAUGAGGAGGUGGGAGUUCCUGGGGCGAUCAUCGUACAAAACAACCAUCACAGUCAGUUUUACCUCAAGACGAUCACACUCGAAGAUGUGCCCGGUGAGGGUCGAGUCCACUUCGUCUGCAACUCGUGGGUCUACCCUGCCAACCAGUACAAGAAGGACCGGGUCUUCUUCUCUAACAAGACGUAUCUUCCAAGCCAAACUCCAGCGCCUCUAGUGAAGUACCGAGAGGAAGAGUUAGUUAACUUGAGAGGAGACGGUACGGCAGAGCUUCAGGAGUGGGACAGGGUGUACGACUAUGCUUACUACAACGAUUUGGGCGAUCCAGACAAGGACCCGAAGUAUGCCCGCCCUGUUCUAGGAGGAUCUGCUGAAUAUCCCUAUCCUCGCAGAGGAAGGACCAGUCGACCGCCGACUGAGACAGAUCCGACUACCGAGAGCAGGCUGCCUCUGCUCAUGAGCCUAAACGUAUACGUUCCAAGGGAUGAACGGCUCGGCCACUUGAAGAUGUCUGACUUCGUCGCUUACACUCUAAAAGCUGUGGGUCAAUUUCUGAAGCCCGAGCUAGAGAGUAUAUGCGACAGCAUGCCCAAUGAGUUUGACUCCUUCCAGGAUGUGCUCAAUCUCUACGAGGGUGGUAUUAAGCUUCCUGACAGCCCUUUGCUGGAGAGUCUGAAGGAGAACAUUCCCCUGGAGAUGCUUAAGAUACUCGUCCGAACUGAUGGGGAAGGGCUUCUCGAGUACCCCAUGCCUCAAGUGAUCAAAGAGAAUAAGACUGCCUGGAGAAGCGAUGUAGAAUUCGGUAGAGAAAUGCUUGCUGGAGUCAACCCUGUCAUGAUUCGCUGUCUCCAGGAAUUCCCUCCAGCAAGCAAGCUAGACCCUAAGAUAUAUGGCAACCAGAGCAGUUCAAUAAGGGAAGAGCUCAUUCAGAAGCAAUUGAAUGGAUUAACUGCCGAACAGGCUAUCAAGAUGAACAAAUUGUUCAUACUGGAUCACCAUGAUGCGAUCAUGCCAUAUCUAAGGCGGAUAAACACAACUACCACUAAAACGUAUGCCACUCGAACACUCCUCUUCUUGAAGAAUGACGGUACCCUGAAGCCGCUGGCAAUAGAGCUGAGCUUGCCUCAUCCCGAGGGAGAUGAAUUUGGCGCAAUAAGCAAGGUGUACACGCCAGCCGAUCAAGGUGUCGAAGGUUCCAUUUGGCAGCUGGCUAAAGCUUAUGUGGCAGUUAACGACUCAGGCUAUCAUCAACUCAUCAGCCACUGGUUGAAUACUCACGCGGUGAUUGAACCAUUUGUGAUUGCAACAAAUAGACAACUGAGUGUGCUUCACCCGAUCCACAAGCUUUUGCAUCCCCAUUUCCACGACACGAUGAACAUAAAUGCAAACGCCAGGCAGAUCGUGAUCAAUGCGGGUGGAAUCCUGGAGACGACUGUAUUCCCGGCAAAGUAUUCCAUGGAGAUGUCUUCCGCCAUCUACAAGAACUGGAUUUUCCCCGAGCAAGCGCUUCCUGCUGACCUCAUCAAACGGGGAGUCGCUGUAGAAGAUGCAAACUCCCUACAUGGCCUCCGCCUAUUGAUCGAGGACUACCCCUAUGCGGUAGAUGGGCUCGAGAUCUGGUCCGCGAUCAAGACGUGGGUUGAGGACUACUGCUCCUUUUAUUACAAGAGCGACCAGACGGUACAGAAGGAUGAGGAACUCCAAUCCUGGUGGAGGGAACUCGUGGAGGAGGGACACGGUGACAAGAAAGGUGAGCCCUGGUGGCCUAAAAUGCAGACUGUGAAAGACCUAACAGAGAUAUGUACGAUCACCAUCUGGAUCGCGUCUGCUCUCCAUGCGGCUGUGAACUUCGGGCAAUACCCUUAUGCAGGGUACCUCCCGAACCGCCCCACCCUCAGCCGUCGUUAUAUGCCCGAGGAAGGUACUCCUGAAUUCGAGGAGCUCAAGCAAAAUCCUGACAAGGCCUUCCUGAAAACUAUAACAGCCCAGUUUCAGACACUUUUAGUAAUUUCGCUUAUGGAGAUCCUGUCGAUGCAUUCUACCGAUGAGGUGUACCUUGGGCAGAGAGACACUCCGGAGUGGACAGCAGAUGCUGAGCCGUUGGAGGCGUUCGAGAGGUUCGGGAAGAAGUUGGGAGAAGUCGAGGAAAGGAUUAUGAGGAUGAAUGGGGACAAGAGGUGGAGGAACCGCGUCGGGCCAGUUGAGGUGCCUUAUAUGCUGCUUUACCCGACCAGCGAAGGCGGAGCGACUGCCAAGGGAAUUCCCAACAGCGUCUCGAUCUAAACUUGUGCACUCACACGUGUACUUUUCUUGUUUGUUCGUUAACUGUUCUGUUCUAGUACGAAAGCUAGUGUAAGUGUGAAAUAUGAAUAACCACAAAACAAAUAGAGCAUCAAGUGUCUGUCAAGUUAUGUACGAGUUUCAAACUUUACAUGUAAAAUUGAUUGUCUAAGGAUUGGAAAAAGGUCAGGCUGUAAAAUUCAGAAUGAAACCCCAGGUUCAGCCUUCAACA